UAUUCGAUUGGGUCAACUGGCACAGUGUAGACGCGGGGGCCAGAGUUGUUUUCUUCAGUUUUUUUCUUUCGCAUAAUCUGCACAUCAUCAGGCACCAUGUCCAUGCGACAAGGGGAAAGUGAGGCGGAUGUAGUCCCAAAGUCUAAGCGACCUUCAGACUCGGCCUUCAAGCAACAACGGCUGCCCGCCUGGCAACCCGUCCUCACCGCGCGCACGGUAUUGCCGACAUUCUUUGUGAUUGGAGUGCUGUUCGUACCGAUUGGCGUGGUGCUGCUUCACCUCUCCAAUACCGCCAACGAGCUGAUCAUUGACUACACCCGCUGCACCUCAUCGGAUGCCGCCAAUGCAGGCAUUACCUGUGCGGACUACCUGCAGGAUAACCCGGGAAAGCAGUGCAACUGCGCCAUCAAUUUCACUCUGACCUCCGACUUUAACGGCGACGUAUACAUGUAUUAUGGCCUGACAAACUACUAUCAAAACCAUCGGCGCUAUGUGAAGUCGCGCGAUGACCUGCAGCUGCUCGGACAACUGUCUCAGACGCCCAGCUCGGAUUGUGCCCCCUUUGCUUAUGACCCCGUGACUCUGGAACCCAUCGCGCCAUGUGGCGCUAUAGCCAACUCUUUGUUCAAUGACACGCUCAAACUGGCGCAGGGCGGUGUGGAUAUCAAGCUUUUGAACACGGGCAUUGCAUGGCCUUCCGAUAAGCGGGUCAAGUUCCGGAAUCCCGAAGGCAACCUCACAUUGGCCCUCAAGGGCUUCGCCAAGCCAAUCUUAUGGCAGCAUGAACUUUACGAUCUGGACAAGGAGAAUCCGGAGAAUAAUGGUUUCCAGAAUGAGGAUCUGAUUGUGUGGAUGCGCACAGCGGCCUUGCCCAGCUUCCGCAAGCUCUAUCGUCGCCUCGACCAGACGAACAACAAUUAUGCCAAAGGCCUAAAGGCCGGGGAGUAUACCCUCAACGUUGAAUACCGAUAUCCGGUAGUCUCGUUUGAUGGCACCAAGCGCAUGAUUAUAUCCACCACAUCUGUGCUGGGUGGCAAGAAUCCAUUCCUAGGCAUUGCCUACAUCGUUGUUGGCGCCAUUUGCAUAACCCUGGGCCUGGGCCUACUCCUGAUCCAUAUGCGCUGCAGUCGCAGCAGCAACAUGGAGAUGAUCAACGUGAAUCCACAUACGCAGUACUCCUAGAUGCAUCGAUGACAUCAUUUCCGGCUGCCUCACUUAGCUUUAGACCAAUCUGCUUAAGCCUUAUAAGCAUAAAGUCAUUUCUAUUUAUCAAUUUAUAUUUGUGUACUCUGCGACUCUUGUUCUUUUUUUUUCUUCUAUUUUUCUGUUUUACUCGGCUAUCCACUGAACACCCCUUUCUGUUUGUGUGCGCAUGAAGCCACCAUCCAAAGAAUUGGCUCUGGCCAUUUGUUAAUUGUAUUUAUUAUCUGUAUGAGCUUUUGUGAUGUUUGUUAAUGUCUUCUACCGAACGAAUUCAUAUACUUUUCUAUAUCCCCCCACCCCCAA